UUAUAAAACAUGUAAAAUAUUAUAUAUAUAUAUAUAAGUUGAAAUAUAAGUUGAGAGUUUAAGCAAUUAAUUGUAUCUUAGAUACAAGUUAUAAGUCAUAAUAAAUUGUUAUAUUUUUUUAAAAUGCUGAUAUUAAAAAAUAUAAAUAAAAUUUCUUUGAUCAACCAACGAUUGUAUAGCUCUAAAAUAAAAUUAAAUGAUGUCGUUAUAGUUAGUGCAACUAGAACACCUAUGGGAUCAUUUCUUGGAGAGUUAUCUGGUUUAUCUGCACCAAAACUUGGAGCCAUAACUAUACAAGCAGCAGUAGAACGAGCUAGAAUUCCCAAAGAUAAAAUUACAGAAAUAUAUAUGGGAAAUGUUUGUCAAGCUUUUUUGGGUCAAGCACCAGCAAGAGAUGGUAUUAUAUUUGAUGGUUUAACUGAUGUUUAUAAUAAAUUUCAUAUGGGAAAUUGUGCAGAAAAUGUUGCAAAAAAAUUAAAUAUUACUCGUGAUGAACAAGAUGAAUAUGCUAUUAAUAGUUAUAAACGCAGUGCUGCAGCAUAUGUAAACAAAAUAUUUCAAAAUGAACUUGUUUCUGUUCCUGUGCCUCAAAAAAAAGGCAAUCUUAAUAAAAUAUUUGAUGAGGAUGAAGAAUAUAAAAAAGUUGAUUUUGUUAAGUUUGCAAAAUUGAAUACAGUUUUUCAGGAAAAUGGUACAAUAACUGCUGGAAAUGCAUCAACUUUAAAUGAUGGAGCUGCUGCAUUAAUUUUGACGACUACAACUGUUGCUGAAAAAAUGAAUUUAAAACCUUUAGCACGAAUUAUUGCAUUUCAAGAUGCUGCAAUUGAACCUAUUGAUUUUUCUAUCGCACCAUCUAUUAGUAUUUCUAAGUUACUAGAAAAUACUGGAGUUAAUAAAAAUGAUAUAGCUCUUUGGGAGAUUAAUGAAGCUUUUAGUGUAGUAGUAAUUGCAAAUCAAAAAUUAUUAGAUCUUGAUCCUAAUAAAGUGAAUAUUCAUGGAGGUGCUGUAUCUCUUGGUCAUCCUAUUGGUAUGUCUGGAGCUCGUAUUGUAGUACAUUUAGUACAUGCUUUAAAAACUGGAGAAAAGGGUAUUGCAUCUAUUUGCAAUGGAGGCGGUGGCGCUUCAUCAAUCUUAAUUGAAAAAUUGUAUCAUACAAUAUCUUUUCCACCAGUAUUAACAUUAUAUACAAAACAUCCUUGCUCACUUUGUGAUAUUUUAAAAAAGGAAUUGCAAUUGCAUUUUUUUGGUCGUUAUCAGUUACAAGAAAUUGAUAUUACUGCAUCUGGAAAUGAACAAUAUCUGAAAUUAUACAAAUAUGAAAUUCCAGUUCUUUUUUUAGAAGGUCAAUUUCUUUGUAAGCAUUAUUUAGAUUCAGAAUUAUUAGAAAGAAAAUUACAAGAAUUUAGUCAAAAUUAAAUAUUAAUAAUACAUAAUUAAAAUAUAGAAUAAAUAUAUAUAUUUAUAUAUAUAAUUACAAAAUAUUUAUCUUAUUUAAAUGUAAUUGAUAUUUAUAAUUUUUUAUGAUAAUCGAAUAUAUAAACAAAAAAUUAGUGAACAUAAUAUUUGGAUAUUUUAUUAAAAAUAAUAAUAAUAAUAUAUAUUUACAAUAUAUAAUUAUUAUUAAAUAUAUUGAAAUACUUAAUGUAAUU